GAUAAGGAGCUCUGGUUCGACGAUGGCAACAUCAUCCUUCUCGCAGGGGACGGUACGGCAGGGAGCGAGUCGACUGCGGCCUUCCGGCUGUACAAGGGCAUCCUCGCGCGAGCCUCCCCCGUGUUCAGCGACCUCUUCGCCUCUGCGCAGCCCGUCGAUGCCGAGGGCGAGUCGUUCGAUGACUGCCCCGCUGUCCGUCUGACAGACUCACCUCUCGAGCUCGGACAUUUUCUCCGCGUCCUAUUUCACCCUGGCACGCGUACCUACCCCUUCGCGGAGCUCGCAGCGAUCGCGCGCAUCGCACACAAGUACCAGGCCGAGACGGUCGCCGCGGACGCGCUCGACCGCAUCGAGCGGCUCUUCCUCCCGCGCCCGACUGCGAAGCACUGGGUCAACUUCGUGCACCCGUGGGACGGGAGCCUCGCCAAGGCGCAGGUCCGGUACAAGCUUACCCUCGCGCCCGAGGACGCGGUGCAGGCCGUGAACCUCGCGCACCUCUUCGACAAGUCACUCAUGCUCCCGCUCGCGUUGUACAUGUGCUGUCUGCUGGACCCGUUGCAGUUGCGGAACGGGGUGUGGCGGAAGGAUGGAACCCUGGAGAGGUUGUCGGACGAGGACUUCGUCCGCUGCAUCAACGCC